CUGACAAAGCCUCGGCAGUCGGCACUCGGCAUAUCCAAAGGGCGCACGCAACAAAGCUUUACUUUCAAACGACAAUCAAUAUUGAUAAAAAUAAUUUACAUAAACCGUUCUUCACUGCAAUCCAAAGUGAGGGCUUUUUGUCGAUUGAUGGUAGCACCGAGCUAUCCUGGUGGACGAAGAUGAUAAGAAUUGCGGUGACUUCUCGGGUAAGAAUUCCUGCCGUCAAUGAUAUAUUUGGUGAGGGAUUACAUAUCAGAAGAGUUUAUUUCGAAUGCAACACCAACCAGUCUUUCAUAGAUCUCCAAGCUCCUUUACAAUUGGGUUCAGUGCCGCCUCCGUUGCUCACUUGCUCUGGCGGAGGUAUAGUGGAUGAGAGGCUCCGUUGUUAUGUGAUUGCCGUUUAGAUAUUUGUUUAAUUUAGUGGCUGUGAUUAGUCAUUUGAGGGCUGCAAACAGAAUUACCCUUAUAUAAAAAUACAUACACACGAAUGUGUAUGAUCAGAACAUUACUUACUCACUAAUUCUACCUCUCGGUCAGGUUAGAAUGUGAAAACUAUUAAAAUCAUACUUGGUCCUGAAAUUUUGUUGGACCAAGACCGUACAAGAAAAGACCC